UACAGCAUCUUAGCUCGUCUAAAAUGCCUGUCUACACCAAGGUAUUCACUAACCAAUAAGCUAGCUAGCUAGCUAACGAUAUUUUUCUUGGGUUCUUAGAAAUCGAUUUUAAAGAAUAAAGUUAUCAGAAUGAAUUAUUUAAAACAUUACUAAAGGAUAUGACUGUAAUCCGAUGGAUGUGUAAGAAAUUAUACGGCAUCGUCAUUAUAUGUUCAAAAACGGAAUUGUCAGUUCUGGUUGGUUUCAAGUAGCAAACAAGCUUGUUGGCUUGUUAGCUAGCUAGCUAGCUAUGUAAGCUGGCUAGCUAGUCUUUAGCUACGCCUUCGAUGACACAUUUCAACGAAAAUACACGAAAAUGGUCUGCAUGGCCUGUGUGCUGCUGAGUUAGUGACUGGCCUUUGUGUGCUGAAGGGCUGAGCGGAACGCUCGGCCUGAGAGGGGGAGAGGAAAAUGGCCGUACAGAACAGGAACGCAGUGCUGGUUCUGUCGGGGCGGGAGCGUGGGGCCCGGAUAUUAGGCUCCCACCGGUUCUUGCAGCAGUUGGCAGAGGAGAGAACCCGUUGGAUGAAACUGCAGAGUCAGAAGGUGGAACUCCCAGAUAACCCUCGAUCAACAUUCUUACUGGCCUUCAGCCCAGACAGGAAUCUUAUGGCCUCCACUCAUGUCAACCACAACAUUUACAUCACAGAGGUGAAGACAGGAAAGUGCCUGCAUUCUCUGGUCGGUCACCGGCGCACGCCAUGGUGUCUGACCUUUCACCCAACAAUCCCAGGCCUUGUGGCUUCUGGGUGCCUAGAUGGGGAAGUCCGCAUUUGGGAUCUACACGGUGGCAGUGAAAGCUGGUUCACUGAGGGGAACAUAGCCAUUGCCUCGCUGGCCUUCCACCCCACUGCCCAGCUGCUGCUCAUCGCCACCAACAACGAGCUGCACUUCUGGGACUGGAGCCGACCUGAGCCCUUCGCUGUGGUCAAGACGGGCAGUGAGGCUGAGCGUGUCAGGUUAGUAAGGUUUGAUCCUCUUGGCCACAAUCUUCUGACAGCUAUUGUUAACCCAUCCAACCAGCAGAAUGAAGAGGACUCGGAUGUUCCCAUGGACAGCAUGGAAAUGGCCCUGUUCCGUCAGCGCUCCCUGUUACGCUCCCCUCCAGUCCGCCGCACACCGAUCUUGCACAACUUCCUGCACAUCCUGUCUUCGCGUUCCAGCGGCGUGGCAGCAGGCGACCAGGCGCGGGCCACACAGGAGCCCCGCGAGACCCCUGCCAGUCUGCCUCUGUUCCAGUACCCCGGGCGGGGGGAUCCGGGGGAUCGCCCUCCCCCACAGGGCUGCACUCAACACCUGGGGCUCGGCUGCCUGUGCAGCCGCUGUGCUGCGUCCCGAAACCUGCUCGGCCAGAACCCCUCAGCCCUCCAGCCUACGGAGUCCCACCCCCAGACCCACGCCCCGCCGCCAGCCUCUGCCUUCUCCACCGCCCCCAGCCAGCCACAGCCUCCCUCGGACAGGCCCUCAGCUUUCAGUAGUGUUUACAGCGGGACCGCGGGGAGCUCUCUACAUAGAGGCCUGUUGUCUCUCAGAACAAAUCUACCCUUGGGCCAACAGUCGGGUGGCCCUGCAGAGCUCUCAGCACGCAUGCCUGGACCAGACUGGGCUGGUAGCCUGCUAAGCACUGGUCCUGAGGCUGCCCUGGGCACUCUUGCAGGGGGCAUGGGGGGCAGGGGUGUCAUACUGCCUCCCAGGACUAGCUCGUCCUCCAUGGGUCUGCACCCCUUGCACCGGUACCCUGACGGCUCCUCCUCCUCCCCCAUCUACACGUCAGCCACAGAGGGGCGUGGCCUGGCAGUGCCCGGUGCUGACCCCCGCCAGGGCCGCGCCACUGACGGAACAAGCAGUGGUCACCACCCGUUCUACGACAGCACCCAGCGCGGCAACCCCGCAUCCAUCCGGAACGUUCUCCAGUGCAACCUGAGCCGAUAUUUUAUGGAGUACGAACGCAUGCAGGACCUGGAGAGGCCCAGCGGCAGCCGCGAAGUGGCCAGCCAGGGUCCCGUGCAGGAGUUGCUAGCCAGCAGCAUGGACUCUGAGAGACCCGGGCCGUCUCACCGCGCCUCCUCCCACGGAGCAGACGGAGGCGCUGGGCCACAACCCAGCCACCCUAACCGCUGCCGCUCGUGCCACAACCUCCUCACCUUCAACCACGACACCCAGCGCUGGGAGCGCUCAGCCCAGGCUUCCUCCACCUCCACUCAAGAGGGCCCCCCUUGGCAGCUCCCCGUGCCUGCUUUCGAGGACCCUGGCCAGGGUUCCAGAGGGGAGUCCCACCCUGCUGAGGUAAGGGCACUGGAGCCCACCGAGGCAUCUUCUGGCCUACAGGGCCAACAGCCCAUGGGCUUGGUAUAUAACCAAGCGUCGGGGCAGUGGGAGAGAGUGUACCGGCAGGCCACAGGCAGCCCCUCAACAGAAGCAGCGCAAGAAGCCUUAAACCCAGAGGUGCCUGUGGACAACCCUGAUGAGGACUCGCUCAGAAGGAGGCUUUUGGAGUCAUCGUUGUUCCCUUUCUCCCGGUACGAUAUGUCUGGAUCCCGAGAUCAUCCUAUUUACCCGGAUCCCGCCAGGUUAUCUCCAGCGGCAUAUUAUGCCCAGAGAAUGAUCCAGUAUCUGUCCCGGAGGGAAAGCAUUCGUCAGCGUUCCCUACAGAACCGCUUGCGUACUCUCUCCUCUUCCUCUGACAACCAGGCCAGCAACCCUUCCUCCGCACCAGCAGAGGGCAGCGAUGCUGACUACGAGGAGAUAGAGGAGCCUGGAGACCGGGCGAGGCACAGAAUGCCCCGCAAUGCGCGGAUGUCUGCCCCCUCCCUCGGCAGAUUUGUGCCACGGAGGUUCCUGUUGCCUGAAUAUCUUCCUUAUGCUGGUAUUUUUCAUGAGAGGGGUCAGUCAGGUCUGGCAACCCAUUCCUCAAUCAACCGAGUGCUAGCAGGUGCAUCGAUUGGUGAUGGCCAGUCUGCAGUUGCUAGUAACAUAGCCAAUACCACUUACAGACUGCAGUGGUGGGACUUCACCAAGUUUGACCUGCCUGAGAUCAGCAAUGCCUCUGUGAAUGUGCUGGUUCCACACUGUAAAAUCUAUAACGAUGCAAGCUGUGACAUAUCGGCGGACGGGCAGCUCCUGGCUGUGUUCAUCCCGAGUAGUCAGCGGGGCUUUCCGGACGAGGGCAUCCUUGCCAUCUACUCUCUUGCCCCCCAUAACCUGGGAGAGAUGCUCUACACCAAGAGAUUCGCCCUCAUGCUGUCUUCAGGUCCCAAUGCCAUCUCCGUGAGCCUGUCUCCAAUGGGCUGCUAUGUGAUGGUGGGACUGGCUUCUCGCAGAAUCCUGCUCCAUCCUAGCACUGACCACAUGGUGGCACAAGUGUUUCGCCUGCAGCAGCCACAUGGAGGAGAGACAUCUAUCAGGAUGGUGUAUAAUGUGGUGUACCCCAUGGCUCCAGACCAGCGCAGGCAUGUCAGCAUUAACUCUGCACGUUGGCUGCCAGAGCCUGGCAUGGGCCUGGCUUAUGGCACCAAUAAAGGAGACCUGGUCAUCUGCAGGCCUGUAGAUUAUCGCAGCGAUGGAGACAGUGGUGCUGAUCAGGGCUCAGAUCCUCCCUUCAACAUCAACAGUAACAGUAGCAGUCGGACUCGUGGAGUGGAACGGCCAGGGACAAGUAGAUCUGGCUGGCGAUUGGACAGAGACAUGGGGCUGAUGAAUGCCAUUGGCUUGCAGCCCCGUCAACCCACCCCUUCAGUGACCUCACAGGGCACACAAACACCGGUGGUCCGUCUGCAGAAUGCAGAAACGCAGACGGAGAGAGAGCUUCCCUCAGCAAGUGUUUCACAGACCGGACAAAUGCCCCAACACUUGGUGGAGACCAGUGAGGUGCAGACCACCAGCACAGAGACACUCCCACACAGCGAGACCCGACACACACUGGCUCCUGGAGCAGCUUCGUACGAGCGCUCCACACAUACAGACUCGUUCACUACCAGCCACGGGGAGUCCCAGGCUGAGGCAGGCCAAGGGGAGGAUGCUCUGUCUCGUAUCCGGCGCCUGAUGGCCGAGGGGGGCAUGACAGCGGUUGUCCAGAGGGAGCGCAGCACCACUAUGGCCUCCAUGGGCGGCUUUGGCAACAACAUCGUGGUGAGCCACCGCAUCCACCGUGGCUCACAGACACCGGCGGGGGCAGCGCAGGCCUGCCACCCAGCCGCAGCAGCUCCCACGGGGGACAGCCUCAACACCACACAGCCCUUCUCUGACGCUGUGGAAGAUCUCAUGACUUCAGGCUCUCGAUACUCCAUUCUUCCUCCUGAAAGUCCCUCAAGUCCAGUCCUUCCGCCUCCGGGCUCAAGUGCAGCACCGGAGGCAGCAGCACCCUCUGUGGCCGAGGACGAUAUGUUGGAGGACGGCCCGUCAGUGGAGCCCCAACCCCAGCCCUCCUCCAACAGUGCAUACGCGACCGACAUCCAUAGCAGCAACAGCCAAGAGGGUAGCAGCCGAGGUUACCCUGGUGACCUAUACAGCAGAUAGUGCUACCUUGGUCUGUCCUAGACCCACAUGUCAGUGCAGCAGGCAGGCUGCAGAGGGCUGGCUGUGGAAAGGUUUUCCAUAGAGCCUGAUGGAUCAGGACUGCGUGGUGGAGCUGACGGAAUGGGACUGCGUGCCUGUCUGUUCUGCCUCCUGGUAUGGCCUUACUUGCAGAAGUAUGAGUGCCAAUUUCCCCGGGCCUCCUCCUUCCAGAGGCGGUGUCGGCCUCUCUCCCAAACGGACAUUUCAGUGGACGAUUUCUUCGUGGUAGGCCAUCAUUAUUGCACUUGGUCAUUGCACUUCGGUUGUAGUUUUGCUUCCUUUGAUACAAGUCCUUGGACGUUUGAGCAUUCCAUGCCAGAAAGGGCUUCUACUUGAGUUGUUCUCGUACCAUGGUACAGAGUUGGCGGGGUUCAGUUUACUGGUUUGUUUUUGUUUUGUUUUUUUCCCCUCUUUCUUUCUCUUUUAUUUACACAGUACACUGCUUGCUUUUAGGCCUCAUUAAUGUCAUACACAACCAGUCAAAGUGCCACGCAGGGUUGCGGGGCCAGUGCCGCUGGACCAGGCCUGCGGGGCCAGGCUAAUGGGUCCAGGGCCACUGGUCCGCUCAGUAAAAAACACAGCUGCAUCCACCUGUGCCAGCUGGUUAUGCAUUCAUUUCUGUAAGCGAAUUGCAUCAGUCCGAAAAAUGGAGUGGAGCUAUACAAACUCUCUUAGGCACUGCUGUCAGUUCAUCUGUAAUCAUGUGUAAUACACAUUAGUUAGUGACAUGUUGGCUUGAUGUGCUGGGCAGAGAUUAUGAUGACAGAGUUAUAACGGUUCCCCAUUUAUCGCACAAAAUGUUCUAGAUUUUCAACAACCAAUAUGUAUGGUGGGUGAGCCCAAAGCAGCAAACUGUUCAUCCAACUGUGUCGCCAUGAUGACUUUUAAGUUCCUUUAAAGAAUACAUCUUUCAUAUUAUUUGUUAACUGGAAAACCUUUUCACUAGAAAACUGUCAAUGCAUAAGGUUCAUCCUAAGUUUAGUUGGGUCAGAAAUUUUCUUUUAAACCUUUUGACAAGGGCCAAAAAACGAAAGCUGUCAGCACGUUGCUAUUGUUUGCCUGCCGAAGGUUCUGUCGCUUAUCAGCGUGUUCGCAAUGGCCAGGUCAGUUCAGGGUUUGCCUAGUUCUCAUUUUGGCACCAGUCCCCUGAAAGGUGCUGCUGGUGCCGAGUUCUGUAGAACUUGUCACUAACGGCACAGCAUGCCUGAGCCAGCUGCAGUAACGACUAGUAUCUGAUUGCACUAAGCACCCUGCUUUCGUUCAGAAAUAUCCAUGCAGGGGUAAAAGUCGUUAGGAGGCCAGGUGGGACAUGUCUCCCACAGCAAACCUACAUAUAGAGGGGAAAUAAUACUUGAAUUAUGUACAGUACAAAUAUCUGUAAUGGGUGAAGCGGAGUACUCCUGUUUGGUGGGGGGGGGCAGCCUUGAACCAGCGACUUUAACUUGAUUGCGUUGAAACACAAACAUGUUGCUUAAACUCCUUGUAGAGGGAAUGUGUGCUUGCAUGUGCGUGUACUACUGUGCAUGAGUGGUUAUAUCACAGGGAGGCGUAGCAUCUCCAACCAAGAAAUGACUAUUUUCAAGAAAAAGACUUGAAAGCUCAAUUAUUAUUUUUUCUUUCUUGAUUAAUUUUAGUUAAGUAUAUAUAUUUCUUCUGUUUGCCUGUGCGCCUUUGACGGUCUUGUACCUCUGGUCACCUCUGUCCUGCGGAGACGUCUGGUGUAGAGCCAAGGACCUGUCAUGGGCGUCAUAUAAGGUCACGUUAAGGUGGCCUUUCCCCAUCUUCAUUGCUUGGUGGAAAAACAAGCCCUUAAUGUUGUGGUUUGAUUUUAUUGGUGUCUGGAAAACAGAUUGAUUCUUUUAACAGAUCUAAUGCAUCUGAUAAUGUAGUCCCCCUUUUAUCUGGCUAGUAUUUGUCCAGUAGUUUUGCCACCACCGAAUUUCCUGGAGGACCUGACCUUCUAAGUUUCUGUACUAAGUCUACGGGAGCCUUGGCCAGCCGUCAUCUACACGUGCCCCUUGUCAAAUGGAACUGAGGGAGUGAGAACAUUUGAAUCCUUUAAAACAUUAUUUGUGACUUAACUGUCAAGCCUUUAUGCCUUUUAAGAACUGAGUGAUUUUGAGUGCUGUUGUUUCAAAUGUAUGUAAAACUAAAAUCCUUGUUGGUGCUGUUUUGUUGUCUUUUUCCACUUUAUAUGGUUAGCCUGGUACAUAUGUUGAAAAGACACUGAUUACAUUUCUGUAUUUUUGUUUCCCCACGCACUGUUACUAACAUGAGAACUGAAGUAGGGCAAUAUAAAGCAAAGAUGGAUUUAUUGUAUCAUCAAAAUGUAUCCUUCACCAUUUAGGGUUGGGAUGGUGUCCUAUUUCCUCUUGUCUCCUUGUAAAUCUAAUCACAGAGAUAUCAAUUAAGAUGUAAUCCUUUUUUCUUCUUUCAUAUAAUUUCAGAACAUGUGCCCAUUUCAGAACAUUUGAUUUUGAGAGAAUGUCUCGUGUAUCUCAAUGGAGUUUGUUUUAGUGUUUUAGGCUUUCAUGAGAAGCUUGUGUACAUAUUGGUGAACUGAACCAUGUGACAUUAGAAGAGAUACCAGCAAAGCAAAACAUAAAGUUGAUAGAUCUACACCUUGACUCUGCCAGUUUUAAUGUCCUCACUGCUGGGCCAGUGCUGAAGAAAUCAAAGGCAUGAUUGUGGCAAAAAUAGGACUUAAAAGUCUCUCCUCCUCACAUAUGAGGAGCAUCUUUUAUCAAGCAAAGAAAGUUCAUUCUUUUAUUAGCUAAAAUAGGGGUUAGGUGUUUGUUUGACAAAGUGCUGUGGGACACCAAAGAUUCAGUGUUAUGAUGCGAAAAAGAGAUUUAAUAAAAAUGGGGAAUAUUGAACGUAUGCAGCUGCUUGUACUUGGUCUUAGUUUCUCUAUUUGUUUGAACACAUCUGCAGGUUUAAAAUGGAAGGAAUCCAACAAUGUUUUCCAACAAUAAUAGUUGAAUUUCAUUUCAGCUCUAACAUAAUGGCCUUCUUCUGUGCCCAGUGAGUGUCUAGAGAAGGGAGGGGUGCUCAGACUCUGCUUACUUCCUACCUUACCUGUCAGCCCACCAAGCACACUUUGACAUACAUAUUUCAUUACUGUCUGGCAUAUUCUACUAACCAUAAUAUGCAAGACCAAUGUAGUGAGAGGCUUUCCCCCAAUGUAGCAUGGACUUGCAGCUUGUUAUGAAGGAAGUCAAAUGGUUCAGCUAAACUGGUGACUCACUCUGGGGUUCAUUAGCUGUUAGCAUCAAACUGAAUGCAAGCGUUGAAGCAAUUCUUUUGUAUAUUUCGAUUGGACAAUACAACCUGUUCAGUGUCAUUUCAAAACAUUCACAGUUUAGAGUUAUGAGUGAAUACAAGUCAGUUAAAGAAAGUGGCAUUUUGUUUUAUCAGCACCAGUCUCUAUGUUCACUUCCUGCUGCUCCCUGUACAGGUCCACCCUUGGUGGUUUCCUCUGCCUGCAGAAUCCUACGGCAUGUAUGAGAAGCACCAGAGACAUGGGGUCUUGCUCACUGACCCUGUCUGCGUAAACAUGGCAACAUCCUGGUACUUCUGUCGGUCAAAAUGAACCAUCCCCUUCCAACAGUCACCAACUACUUCCUCUUCAGUCUUCCCUGCACUGGCCUCACCAGGGUCUUCUCCAUGACCCAUGACACUGUUGUAAACAUAGUUAGAGGCUGCUGACCUCUGGGACAGUGUGACUUCUGGCUUGUGAUGGACUAUGGCCGGUUGUUAAUAACUUCAGUUUUUCUGGCCAGGUGUAUGGCAUGGUUACUGUUCCUGGUGAUCUGGGAACCCUGCCAUCCUGUUAUAGCGGGAGACAUAAUCCACCCACUUAAUCCCCAAGACAGAUAUCCUCCAUCAGUAUUGUAACUAUGACCACUGUUACCUGGUUUUCUACUUGCAUAGUGAAAAUAUUGCUGGCCAACCAGGACAGGCUGGACUCCUGUGGCCAGAAUAUACAGAGCUGCCAAAACCUAUUGAGCAUGAGGGCAGGGAGAACAGCCUCUCUGGGGGCCAAACUGGGGAGUCUACAAGGCACUGGAUGGGAUUGUUUCAGUUUAAUUACAUGUUUAAGUUGGAAAGCUCUUCUCCCAUCAAAAACAAAAGAGGGAAUACUCAUGUUUGUGUGGAGGAAGUAAGAUGCAGACUGUCCAUCUUGGUCUUUUUUUGGGGAAGCCAGGUGAGCAGAGUCUGGAGAUAUGCAAUGGAGAGGAGGGUGAUCCAGACAUGCUCCUGGCCUUCAACCACUCCCCACUCAACAUAAUGGUGAAGAUGAUCCGUUCCUGACAGCGGACAGCUGGAUACUGGCUCUGCUACAUCAGCAGCACUCUUAAACCUGCCUGCUACUUGUUCCAUAGAACUACUUUUUAGAAAAUGGCUAAAUUAGCUUAUAAAGAAAUAUGCUAUAUUUAUUGUCUAAGCAACACUAAGAGGAAGAAGUAUACAGAACCAUGUGGGCUGUUUCCAAGGGUGUACAAAGGAUUUACAUUAUGGUACAAGGAAGUCACUCAAUUUCAUACUGUUUGUGUCUGUCUGUCUGAAAACACACAUGGGGAUACUAUUGAAAAUACACUUUUCUUAUUUAUUCACAAACCUGAAGACGUAAUCAGUUAGUGAUGAUGAAAUUUUGAUUGUACAUUGAUUACAAAUCUAGGAACAGAACAUUUUAAACA